GUGCCUCCCUGGGAGCGCGGCGGCGAGUGGACGUCUACGUUUACGGGGUCUCCCGGCGGCCCAGAGUCGCACACACAGACCAGGCCUCUAACCACUCCCUGGGAGCCUGCGUGCCAGCAGCCUGGAACUCAGAGCCUCUCCUGGAGCCUGCACAAUCCAUCCAGACUGAAGCCGAUGUCUUCUAGAGAGACGGAAGUGCAAUCCAGCCAGGGCGCAGCAGAAUUUUGAGAGGCCCGAAUGCCUCCGCGUCCACCAGGGGACCGCUGGGACUAAUUCUCUUGGCAAACUUGUGGCCAGCCAAAACUGCCAUGCUUCACAUCCCUGUUAUCCUUGGUUACCGUCCAAGAUUGGCUUACAGAAGAGAUGAAAUGUGGUCUGAGGGACGAUAUGACUAUGAAAGACCUCCAAGAGAAAGAGUACCUCCUCGAAGUCACCCCAGUGAUGGCUACCAUAGAGUAGUUAAUAUUGUGCCAAAGAAACCACCACUGCUAGACAGACCUGGUGAAGGAAGCUACAGUAGAUAUUACAGUCAUGUUGAUUACCGAGAAUAUGACGAGGGCCGCAGUUUUUCUCAUGAUCGAAGAAGUGGUCCACCUCACAGAGGAGAUGAAUCUGGCUAUAGGUGGACAAGAGAUGAUCAUUCUGCAAGCCGACAGCCUGAAUACAGGGACAUGAGAGACGGCUUUAGAAGAAAAAGUUUCUACUCUUCCCAUUAUGUGAGAGACCGGUCUCCUCAUAAAAGAGACACUCCUUUUUUCAGAGAAUCACCUGCAGGCCGAAAGGAUUCUCCACACAGCAGAUCUGGCUCCAGUGUCAGCAGUAGAAGUUACUCCCCAGAAAGAAGCAAAACUUACUCUUUCCAUCAGUCUCAACAUAGAAAGUCCGUGCGUGCUGGUGCCUCCUACAAACGGCAGAAUGAAGGAAAGCCAGAAAGAGGUAAAGAAAGACCUGUUCAGUCUUUGAAAACAUCAAGAGACACUUCACCCUCAAGUUCUUCAGCAGUUCCUUCAUCAAAGGUGUUAGACAAACCCAGUAGGCUAACGGAAAAGGAACUUGCUGAGGCUGCAAGCAAGUGGGCCGCUGAAAAGCUAGAGAAGGCAGAUGAAAGUAACUUACCUGAAAUUUCUGAGUAUGAGGCGGGAUCCACGGCACCAUUGUUCAUUGACCAGCCAGAAGAACCUGAGCCAAAUGCAACAGAUGGCAUAGAAUUAUUCGAAGACAGUCAGCUAACCAGUCGCUCUAAAGCAAUAGCUUCAAAAACCAAAGAGAUUGAACAGGUUUACCGACAAGACUGUGAAACUUUUGGGAUGGUUGUGAAAAUGCUGAUUGAAAAAGAUCCUUCAUUAGAAAAGUCCAUACAGUUUGCAUUGAGACAAAAUUUACAUGAAAUAGGUGAGCGGUGUGUUGAAGAACUCAAGCAUUUUAUUGCAGAGUAUGAUACCUCUAGUCAAGAUUUUGGAGAACCUUUUUAGAUUACUUGCUCAGGCAAAAAAAAAAAAAGUUUCUAGAUUUUUUUCCCCCUGGAUUGUGUAAAUCCUUAAUAUAUGGAAUUUUUGUGAUGAAGAGAAAUACUUUAUGAUAGUGACCAUAUUUCCAGUAUCAAAUAAACAUCUAAAAUAGUCUAAGAUAUUUUAAUUCGAAUUUUUUUAAUCUACAUGUAGAGCUUCCUAAUCCAUACUUAUCUUUUUUUCCCUCCUAAAAUGAUGGUCAGUUAAUUUUUUAAGCUUUCUUGAAAAUGCAGUCCUGGAGAGCAGCUUUCUGUACUUACUCAUGUCCUGUAGUCUUCCUUAGUAUGCGAUCAUUUGUUUGGUCACACUAAUGUACUGUAUAGGUUAGAGAUCAUUCCACUUAAACAUUUAUAGUCUUUUUGCAUUUCAUAGUCAGUGAUACCAUGUGAAGAUGUUAGAAUCCUGAGGUGAUUUUUAUUGACUUGUUGCUUGCUUAUCUUAGGCUUUGUAACUUUUAAUAUGUUUAAGUAUAUUACCCAAAUAAAUUGAAUACUUUGUUAUCUUAGAGAAUAUUUGCUUUGAGGAUAACUCUCAUUGUGAUAAAACAGAGCACUUAAAUCUCUAAAAUAAUAAAAUCCUGUUUUCCAAGUAAAUGAACUGUCUUCUAUUAAAAUGGUCCUGAAACUCCUGACUGGUCUCACUGAUGUGUGAGUUUUAAACAAUAUCAUAUAUAAGACUAAGAGAAGGGGCAAUUCGAGAUGAAAGAUGAGGCCUAUUUUAAAGUUGAGAUUUCUUUAAAACUUUCUAACCAGAAUAGAAAAAUUUACAAUAUGGGGGAGUAGUGGAGUUUCAUUUUUUCCGUAGGCCCAUAUUCCCCAUCUCAAGAAAGAAGGUGAUAGAUGACAUAUCCAUAAUUAAACCAUUUACAGAUUAUGCCUUUGUUAAUCUCUGUUUGUAGUCUAACAGACUCUUUGUUCUGCUGCCCUUUUUAGGGGUUCAUAGCCCUCUAAAAGUGUUCUUGAACGAAACAAAGCAGAGUAGGCUGUAAGCCUAGCACAACUACCCUUCACCAAGCAGCCUAUGUAAACAGUCCUUCAUGAGCGAGCCAUCCAAAUCACGGGUUAGUUAAGAAUCUAACUGGGACAAUUAGGAUAUUCCACUCAUUUCCUGAUCACUUCCAGCUGCCCAAUGGCAUUUAGCCAAAAUAUGUAAUUUCAUGGCAUGUGUUCGGAAACCUUUAAAAAUGUUUGUUAUUGCUACCCAAUUUCAUUAUCCUCCCAUCCUCUUUCCAUUUCCACUCUCCUCUCACUUGAAUUCUGGCAUUAUUUUUAGUGGCCUCUAUUGAUUAUAUCCAGAGAGCUACCCCAGAGUAGAUAAAACUUAUAUUAAAAGUGAAAAUAGCAGUGUAAAUAAUUGUAGUGGAUCCUGUAAUGCGUGCCUCAAAAUAUGUAUUAUGCCAUUCCACAAAUUAAAAAACUAACUGAAGGCAACAAUUAUUAAGUUUCCUAUAUGAGACCACCUUGAAUUUAGAUAUUGCACAUAAGCCAAAACUAAACCCUACCUAUCAUCUUUGCUAUUUUUCCCUAAUGUGAACAGUGGUUUUAUCUGUUAUCCACAUUAGAAAGACUAAGAAAGUAGUCUUGUUUCUCUCUUGCGCCAAUGUUUUUCUUGUUAAAUAUUCUAAUUCCAGGAUUCAUUUCCUUAAGUCAAGAUGUCACAAGUUUAAAAAUAAAACUUGAGACUCAACUACCUUGAGGCAAAGGAGUUGUUCACUUUGUUGAAAUUCAUUAAACUAGAGAAGUUUUACUCACAGAUGCAUUUAAAUAUAGGUUCAACAGAUAAUUCCUUUUCCCCUUUCCCCAAAUUACAUUCAACAUUUAAAGCUGUUUAUAGCUUGCCAUCAGCAUUAUUCUGGUAGGCUUGUCAGUGUUAAAUCUUUUAUUUUUAAAGCUUUUUAAAGUCUUAUUUUAAGAUAGAUGAAUUCAGAUAUGUGCCAGAGUAUGUAUGUUGCAAAAUGUUCUUGAUUAAAGAAAUUUGUUUGUAAAUGAUCCAUUGUUUUUGAGUGUGCCCAAUUCCUGUGAUAAAGGUUUCACUGUCUUACCAUAAAGCCUUGAUGAUCAACAGGGGAAGAGCAGAUAUUGUGAAGCUUUUUGUGAAUUUUAAAAGUGCAAAAUAAAGCAACUGGGUUUAAAUAA